GCCGCCGCCGCCAUGCCCGGCUCCGCCGCACGCGUGCAGCGCGGCGCCGUGCCCCGGAAGCAGCGCGAGGGGCAGGAAGCGGCCGCCAUUUUGUGGGAGGGCGCUGAGGAAGGGCAGAGCGCGGCGGCGGCCGAGGACGAGCAACCAUGGCUGGCCAUGACUCGGGAUCUCAGCACCAGUUCACUGGAUUUCAGAAGUACUUCAAUUCCUAUACCAUGGUGGGCAGGAGGAACUAUGUUAUAGCAACGUACACAGGCGUUGCAAUGCUCAUCUUAUAUUUCAAGCUUAGAUCUAAAAAGAAGACUCCUGCUGUGGCAGACAAGUAAAUGGUUGCUGGCAUGUCUGAAUCUUCAUUCUGUUUCAAUGUAAUGGAAGCUGAUGUCCUAUUCUGGCGAAUAAAAUAUAAACAAUUACUUUAUUGAAAAUAUGAAAUGGUAAAACAAAGCAGAAAUGUACAUUUUUUUCCUCUAUCGGAAAUAGUUAUUUGUAGUGGAGAUGGAGUACCUGAUUCUUUCUGUGACUAUUUUAACUCUUGCUGUUAUAACACAUCCUAAAAUGACCUGAGCAUCUGGUAGUAAUUUAGGAAAGACCUCAGCAUCAUAACCAUGACAUCAAGCACAGAGCUUACAGAUGAGCAAAGCGUCUCUGCGCUUCCAAGUGUAAUGGUAGGUGGAACACAUGGUCUGCAGAUACUGGCUUGUCCUGGUUGCCUCCAUUUUUUUAUAUUCCCAGCUAGUGGCUUCCCUGAAAACCAUUGCUUUUCACUAAUGUUAAUGCAGUACAGAAUAGCAGAAUGGCUUCUGCCUCUGUUGCCCAUGUUUUACGUAGAGCCUUGUUGAGUAAAAACCUCCCAACAUAUGUUGAUCCAAA